UUCAGGGGGGUGAACUGAGAGUCUUGUCGAGAGGGUCGUUGUUUUUGAGCGGAGCUGUGACGAUUAUUGUGACAAUGGAUGGAGCAGAGCUGUACUGCUUUGAAGACUUUGAGAGCCAGCUCUCCCCAGCAGACGACCUCGAUGAAGCCACGAGUAAAAACCAGAACACAGGGACCCUCGCAAACGGGACCAUCGGAGAUGUGAGGACAGGAUCGGAUGAUCGGGGGACCCGGUUGAAACCGAAGGAUGUCAACAGUCAGGCAAUGACAUCCACCCAGCAGCUGACUGUCAAAUUGGGUCAUGGAAACCAACAACAGGAUGGACGGUUAGAUCACCCUGCCUUCCUGGGGAAAUCCCAGGGUGGAGUAAUGGCUCGGUCGGCCCCAGCAGCAGCCGGCGGUGGUGCCUCCAGUAUGAAGAGGUUCCUACAUCGCGGAAAGACUGUUGACUUUCCCGACUCCGCUGGGCCUGAAAGUACAACCACCAGCCGAUUCCGUCAGGGCCUACUGGUGAGGAGUCAGUCGACGGACGAAGGGAAGGACGUUCAGAGGGGACCCAGAGAGUCGAUGAACUAUUCGGAGAGGAGGAAUAGUCAAUUGAAUCAAAGAACUCGAGGGAUAAUACCUGGUAAUGCAACUGAAAUGGAUAGGGAAAACCUAAUUAAAGGCAGUGUGCAGACAAAUGGUGCGGAGACGACGGAAAAUAAUGCGGUUUUGGAUCAUGUUGACAAGUUAAGUGUGCGUGCGAGACCUGACGUGAAUUUACAUAACAAGAAGAACGCAAAGAUUCGGGAUGGACCUCCUGUCGCAGGAAUGCGAGCAGGUCGUUCGGGGAGCCCUAGAAGUUGGAAUUUCUCCACCCAGAGCAUUGUUCCGAGAUUCACAAACAGGGACGAUUCUGAGAUCCUCGCAGCCAUUCGGAGAAGUCCGACUUUCAAGAGCUCUGGAGAUGAAAGACGGAAACCGCUGGUGACGAAUUGUAGUGUGGAUAGCGCCCUCGAUCAGCAGUUCAUGGAAAGCACGUCCGUUGACCCCAACAGCCGUGGUUUCAGUAUGGAAUGCUUGUUGAACGAUCAAUCAGAAACCAUCAAUAUCUUUGGACCUGAAGAUCUUAUCAAGGACGUCAUCUUUAAGACGGGAUCUAACAGCGCCGAGUUACCAGCGGGUCUGUUUGUGUCUGCCGGAGGAACGGACGAGAAAGAUGGGAGAUUUAAGUACCUCUCCGGUCGGAAUGUUGCCCCGGGUUUGCCCCCCUCUGGUAGGGGAAGGAAGCUAGUGAACGGCAAGCUGGUCCGAGUCAGGGAUGUACCAGCAACCACAGAGGAUCUUUGUGACUGCAGAGAAGGUUCCGAUAAAAGAGAAGUCCCCGAUAUGAGGAAUGCGAUCCAACCGGUUGCCGUGGCAGCGUUCAUUUGCUCAGAACACGUGCUAUGGGGUGAACUAGCCGUCUAG